AUGAAAAGUUUUUUCUUUAGUGUUUUCAUUCUGGUGCUCCUUCAAAUUACUCACACUGUGUCAUUCACCUUGCCGCAAGCUGCUGAGGUGUGUAGGGAUUCACCCGAUGGAAGAACAUUUGCCAAUCCUCAGGAAUGCGGAACAUUCCUAAUUUGUCAGGAUGGUGAAGCCAUCCCAAUGGUGUGCUAUCAUGGACUGUACAAUCCAGAAUUAGAUCUCUGUGAUUCGGCGUACAUUUGUCGAUCUGAUGCAGAUAACGAGGAAGAUGAGGAGACAUCCGUACCAACUGAAGCAACUGGCGAGGAGGAAGAUGAACCAGAAAUUUUGGAUGAGGAACAAGAGAAUGAAAUCGAGGAAACCAAUGACAAUGAAGAGUCACAGAUAACCGAAAUUGACGAAGGAGAUGAAGAGGAUGAACUUGAAAGUUCCACAACUGGAAACUCAGCGGAGACAGAGAGCACACUGUCUUCUACUGAUGAAAUUACCGACGAAUCGAGUGGCACUGAAACAACACAUGAAGAGGAAUCUACAAUAGAAGAUGAGGAAACUACAGAAAACCCAGAAAUAGACGAAGAAUCUACAACAAUGGACGAUGAAACGACUGAAACAACACAGGAAGAGGAAUCUACGAUAGAAGAUGAGAUAACAACGGAAACUUCAGAAGUGGAUGAAGAAUCUACAACAAUAGACGAUGAAGCAACGGACGAAACGAAUGACACUGAAACAACACAGGAAGAGGAAUCUACGAUAGAAGAUGAGGAAACAACGGAAACUUCAGAGAUGGACGAAGAAUCUACAACAAUAGACAAUGAAACAACCGAUGAAUCGAUUGAUACAACACAAGAAGGGGAAUCUACGAUAGAAGAUGAGGAAACAACAGAAACUUCAGAAGUGGACGAAGAAUCUACAACAAUAGACGAUGAAGCAACGGACGAAACGAAUGACACUGAAACAACACAAGAAGUAGAGGAAGAUACCAGUACAACAACACCAGAAGAGCCAACGACAACGCCAGAUGAGCCUACAACAAUGCCAGAAGAGCCUACAACAACUGUUCCUGGAGAAGUUAGGUGUCCCAUCAAGGAUACAGCCUCUCUUCUAUUCCUUCCCAGUCCAGUGGAUUGUGGCAGAUACUUUCUCUGCUACCACUCGCGCCCAGUUCAAAUGGAGUGUCUGAACGGAAUGCACUGGAACCAGGAUGCGAAGGUGUGUGACUGGCCGGAGAAUGCCAAUUGUGCCAUCGAUGGUGAAUCCAAUCCGGAUUCUAACAAUGCGCCCAAGUGUCACACUUCACGCGGUCACUAUAUAAUGGCUCAUCCGACCAAUUGUGAUCUUUACAUCUUCUGCAAUGACGGCGAGGCGGCGAUUCAGCAAUGUGAGGCCUUCCACUAUUGGGAUGUGAUUGAGGAGCGAUGCGUGAUGAAAGAUCGUGCCACGUGUAUUCUCGACUUGGACUAA